AUGUAUAUCAAAAUAAUAUUGUAUCAAAUCCUAAUUUAUCGAAGUCUCGCCCAUGAAAAUCAUCAAAAUUUGGGAGGAGGUGAAGAAGAUGAGCAAGAUGUCUAUCAAAAACAUUCGACAAUAUUCAUUUGUCUUUUUGUUUUCAUUGUUUUAUUGUUUAUUUGUGCAAUGGCUGCUUGUUUUUUCUUUUGUAUUCGACGAAAAAAACAGAAACUCGCAAAAUCGCCGAAAACCGGCGGAUCGAGGUCGAAAUCGAAAUCGAGUCGAGAAAAAGAAGUUGUGCUAUGUCCGAAAAAUACUAAACCAGUUAUUAUUAAAACUAACGAGCCGGUUAUUGAGGAAAAAGAUGAGUUUGCUGAAUGGAAUAAGGUUGGUUUUAUUUUUAAGGAUGUUUAGGAGGAGGUGUAGGCUUAGGGAUAUAUUUAUGCUUGUACUCUUACAAUAAGCUUGCGCUUGAAUUUUCAGCUUGCAAACAGUUAGCCUAACAUAAAAAUCUAGAUAAAUUUCAGAUUCAAGCUGAUCCAAAUCGAGAAAUCACUUGUGAUGAAGCAGAACCUGUGGAAGAACAAAAUCUAUUUGAUAAAUAA